AUGUUGAGCAUAUUCAGGCCACUGCUUCGGCAUGGUCUCCUGAAUUUCAGACGCUUCAACUCUUCCAAAGUGGCUGCGGAGUUGAAGAAACCACCAAUCACAGUACCUGUUCCUCACAAAAAGCUGAACAAAAAGAAGAACCAAAAAGCCGGACUUCAAUCGCUACGAUGGCUGCACAAGGCCGAACAGUCCAGUCAGUCAAAAAUCUUGUCAUUUUUAGAACAGGUGCAGGGAGAGUAUGUGGAUGAGGUUUCGCUUCGGAAAUACCUAAAACCGGUAACGUCAUUGACCAUAGGUGAAUCGAUCGAUCUAGACAAGGUGCGGAGUAUCUUCCGUAAAAGCAAGUUACCACAUUCUGUGGUUAUCCGUGACGAAGUCUUACAAUGUAAGGUUGACAAGAAAGACAUGAUGGUCUUGGCCAAUGGAACUUUGGUUGGGUGGGAUAUCACCGAGGACCAAAUAGAUGGCUACGUACCCCAGAUUUGGGACGCCGUUUCGGAGAAAUACGAGAGCGAGAGUGAAGAGAUGGACUAUGUCUCACUAGACGCACAGCUAUCAGAGGAAGAUAGGCCGUCGUUCGUUUUGGAGGAUGUGUUUGUGUCACAAGGCCAAGACCCAGAGCAAAGGCUACUUGAGAAGGCUGCAUUCGCAGUCGGUCUUUCUCGUUCGACAAGAUUAUCAAUUCUCGAGGAGUCACUUGAGAAGCAUAUUCAAUUGACCAGAGAAAAUAGUGAGGUUCUUUCAGAAGGCUUGGAACUCAAGACGAAGGAGGCCGACAUUCUCAAACUCACCGGUCGUCUUUUCCUCAUCCGCGGAAAGCUCAAUCUAUACUCGGAACUCAUUGAGACUCCAGACUUGUACUGGUCGGAGCCCAACUUGGAGAAGAUCUACGAAUCCAUCAGUCGUAGGCUUGACAUUCAUCUGCGUAUUCUGAUCAUGAAUCGCAAGCUCGACUAUGUGACAGAGGAGCAGCGAGCGCUUCUCAGUGUGUUGAGUGAGAAGAAAGGCACUCGUCUUGAAUGGAUCAUUAUCAUCCUUAUUCUUGUCGAGGUGUGCUUUGAAACUUUCCACUUUGUGGAGAAGUACUGGUGGCAGAUCUAA